AUGUCCAGUUUAUUUUCUUCUAUUUGUCUAAUAAUUGCUAUAAUUGAGUCAAUGAUGGGACUUCUAGGAAAUGGGACUAUCUUGGCUGUCAGUUCAACAAGUUGCAUCAGGAGCAAAAUAUUGUCUUCCUAUGAUGUGAUUAUGAUUUUUCUGAGUUUAUCCAGGUUCUUUUUGCAGCUCUGGAUGAUGCUGGAUUGCUUCCUAAUCAUGUUUUGUCAACCUUCCUUUUAUAAAGAAAAUUUGUUUGUAAUCUUCAAGACGGUUUUUAUAUUCCUGAACUCUUCUAGUUUUUGGUUUGCUGCCUGGCUUAGCGUCUUCUAUUGUAUCAAGGUUGCCAUUUUUAAUCAGUCAUUCUUCAUCUGUCUGAAGCAAAGGAUUUCCAGUCUCGUACCCUGGAUGCUGAUAACAUCAUCUUUUUUUUCCAUUGCUACCUCUCUUCCUUUCUCCUGGGAUAACUACUAUGCACACAGCAACUUCACUACUCCUCUAACCAUGACAAACUCUUCAGAAAGGAUCACUACAAGGAAAACCAAGAUUUUGUUUUUGGUCCUUCUCUUUAAUUUUGGUAUAGCUUUGCCUUCAAUAAUGUUUGUUUUUUCAAGCAUCCUGCUGAUUAGAUCUCUGUGGAGGCACACCAGACAGAUGCAAAAUAAUGCAACUGGCUUCAGGGAUCCCAACUUAGAAGCUCUUACUGGUGCCAUCAAGACAGUCUUCUCUUUCCUCCUCCUGUACGCUGCAAACUUUAUUGUUUUGAUUCUCAUUUUAUCUGACACUUUCGCACUUUCAAGCAUUGAGGAAGCUGUAUGUGUUGUUGUAGCAGCUGCCUGUCCUGCAGGACAAUCUAUGGUCUUAAUCUGGAGCAACCCCAAAUUUCGAGAGCUGCCCACUAGAAUUUUGCACCACAUAAGCUGUUGUGUCAGAGCUGGAUGCAGCUGAAAGACCAGCCUGCUCUUUCCAGUUUAGUUCUGGAUCAAUUAAAUUGAAGUCAACGUAGCUACAAAAUAAUGGAAACACAAAAGAGUAGAUUAUAGCCCUGAAAUGACAUCAUUAAGGAGCUGAGAUGUUAAUUUGUUUGAAUGUGAUUCUUAUGAUGGAUAGUUUUCUAAGUUUACUCCUUUUUUCACAAGAUGAUUGCCUGUCUGAGCAGAAAACAACAAAGCUAAGACUCAGACAGUAAUUAAAUCUCAUGUUAUGGUUUAUGUUCAUGCUGAGGAACCACUU